GGUUACUGGUUUACUGUUUUUUCUUUUCCUUUCAAUGUUGUUUUUCGGCAUGUGCUGGUUGAACCGGGUCUGGUACCCGGCUCGUUCCUCAUCUCUACAAAAAAAGCUCGAUGAUCCCGAUGAAAAUUUCCCCCAAUUCAUCUCCUUCCCUCCGAUCACCUUUAAUGGAGUCUAGGAGUUUCUUUAAUUUUUCGUUUUAAUCUUCAAAUUCAACAAUUAUUUGAUUCGAAUCGGUUUAUCAUCGAUUCAUCGAUCCAUUUUUCCGACGAAUCUAUCGACUCGAGGAAUUCUAGAAAUUCUCGUAAUUGAAUUUGUCCACAUUCUGUCCCUAUCAUUCAGACGAUGGGAAUCAAACGUCCGUUAGAUGCGGAAGAGUUUCCAGAGCCUUCCUUCAGCCUACCUAAACCGCUUGAUUAUAACAAAAGGCUCAAUUUAAAUAUGGAUGAAUCUCACAUAAGUACUCCAGAAGCUGAUUUUCCUGGUUAUAUCCCGCUAGGUGGAGCGAAGAACGCUCCCUAUGAGUUCCAUUACGAUGAACCUCUCGAGCACAACGAGCCAGACGACACUACUUAUCCUGCUGACAGAGAAUUCGAGCCGAGUGCACCCUUUUCUUUAGUCACCAGCAGCAGCAGUAGUGAGGAAGAAGAUUGCGGAGGAGAAGGGCCCACCUCUUUCGGGCCCUAUUUCCCAGAAAACGACUUCAGCAUACCAAGGCGCCCCACCGAACGUUUUCACAACCCCUACAUCUCCUUACUGUACGGGCCUCCAAUAAAGGAAGUCCCAGUUGGGCCUGACUACCAAGCCCAAAUCCCGACAUAUGACCCGACUAGCGUCAGCCCGAAAGAACUUCCCUUGAUGGGCUCGACGAUUAUUUCUAUGCCCGACACAAAUGACUCGACGACCCUGGAUGGGCUCGGACCGGCUUCCUGCACGUGCCUUGACAAUGGCUCCAUGAGGUGCGUGCAGCAGCACGUGAAGGAAGCAAGGGAAAAGCUACUCGACUUAAUCGGGCCUGAGAAUUUCGUGAAGCUGGGUUUUGACGAGAUGGGGGAGGAGGUGGCCCAAAAGUGGGGCCCGGACGAGGAACGGGCCUUUCACGAGAUUGUCCUAUCCAACCGUGUUGUGUUCUGGGAGAAACUCCGGGCCGCGUUCCCGGCCCGAACGAUGAGGGAAUUCGUCAGCUACUAUUUCAAUGUGUUCAUGCUCCGGAGGCGGGCCGCCCAGAAUAGGUCGUUUGUGCUCGAGAUUGAUAGUGAUGACGAUGAGGGGCGAGAGGAGGAUCUUGAUUCCGUGUAUAAUGACGAGGCCCGGGGGCAAGAUGGGGAAUGCUAUUUUUUCUGUGGAGAUGAUGAUGAUGGGUCGACGGUGAAGGUGAAGUCUUUGGGUGACGAGGAUUUGGAUGCCAGCUGGAUGGAUGAGUUCUGGGCCGAGCCUGGGAAAGUCAACAAGGCUGGAAAACAAGAAAACUGUGCUGAUGAUGUUGAUGUUGAUGUUGAUGUUGAGAAGAAAGAUGGUUUCGGAAGAGAAAAUGAGGUGGCCAGACAAGAUGAUGAGAAGGUACAUGACGAACGAGCCUGAAUUGUAAAACGUUAACUUUUAGUUAUUGUUACCGGUUGUAAAAACGGCUGCAACAUGAAAUUUUUGAGAUGGCUCCGUUUGGGGUGAAUGAGAUUGUAGGUGAAAGUGGCCUUCUUUGUGGACUGUGUAAUGGCCAACUUUUUAAAUUUAUAGUUUCUUGUUCAUCCGAGGUAAUUUCGGGUCACCUUCUCAAGUAAAGAAUCUAUCUCGGUUCAGCUUCUCAAUUAAACAAUCUAUCUCCUAUAUAAUU